GAUCCAUCCGGAGGUGGCCCUCUGCCAUAUCAUCGGCCCUGGCUCGACGUCUUCCGGGCACAAACAUCUCCCCUUCCCUGCCCGACCAGGCGCCAAGGUCGGCCGAGCCGCUUUGACGCCGGUAACGAGGCCCUGCGUCAACGACACUCGAGGUCUGACUCGACUAUUGAAAUAAUGAACGUUGGCAAAUUCUGUUGGCUAUUGAGUGACCUAGUGUGCGUCGUAACCUUUCUUCUCAGCCUGGCGUCUUCCGGUCAUAUCUCGGAUGCACCCGACCCCGUCUUCGGCCCAGCCCCCGGGCUUUUCCACGGCCAGCCUUGGCCAUCUUUCAGCUACCCCUACCACAACCGCCGCCAGACCAACCUUCCAAGUCGCCGCAUCUAUCUCACAAGCAUCGCCUCCAUUCAACAACCAUUCACGUGUUGA